AUGCUAACAACAAAUCUGAAUUCCCCACAACAUAAGAGAAUGCUGCGAAUGAAGAAUAACUGGGAAAAUGAAUCUUCGUUAUCUACUAUUUAUCGAACAUAUAAAACUAAUAAGAACCUUAUAACAUUAAAGAGAUUCAAACAAAUCCAUUUGGAAUUGAUAAAAUGUGCCAGAAUUAUAAACGAGACAUACGGAUUACACAUUCUUAUAUCCAUAUCUGUAUCAAUUUUUGCGAUAAGCAAUAUAUGCGAAACAACAAUGACAGAAAAGUACAUAUUGAUUUUGCUUAUUUUUCUAUAUGCCGUGGUAACUGGAGACAUUCUGUGUGAAUUAUAUGAUCCUUCCACCAGUAAGACAUUUCGCGAUGAAAUUCGUGAUUUUACGUUUCAAUUAAUUCAAAAUCGUUUGACCUUCACCGCUUGCGGAUUCUACGAUUUAGAUCAUACAUUUAUAUAUAACGCGAUCAGUUUCAUUACUACCUAUCUUGUUAUUCUUAUGCAAAUCGGAGAUAAACCAAAAGUAUUCUUCGAUGAUACGAAUUAUAAUUCAACGUCGAUAACAGAACGAAUGAAUUAAAACGUUCCUUUAUACGAUAAAUG